CAGCCGCGUGAUUCGCUGCCUGAUGCCAAAACGUCAUCGCCGGGCGACGUCGCAGAGAGCUAGUGAGCAAGCGCGCUCCCUGUGCUUGGCGGCGAGGUGUAGGGACGGACGAACGGACAGGCAGACGAACAGAUCGGCGAGUUGUUUUGAGAACGGCAUGGCGGCGGCGGCGGCUCAAGCUCUGGCAGAGGUCGAGCUGCCCUCGUUCGAGGCUGCGCGGGGGCUGGCGGAGAGCCGCUACUCCUGCCUGGUGGUGAUGCCGCACAGGAGGCACAUCGCGCUGCCGCCGCGUUUCCUGCAUCGCAAGCGGACGGGGAUCUGCGCGCAGCUGGAUGCAGAGCUGCGCCGCUUUUCGGACAGUUUUCAAGGUGUUCCUGUGGCUUAUGAUGAUAUUAAAAUAACAAAUGAGCUAGGAGAUAUAAUUGAUGACCUUGGAGCUAUCCAUCUGGACAUUGAAGCAAAUUUUGUUGUAUUUCAGCCUAAACCAGGGAAAAAAAUUGUGGGAAUAAUCAAUAAAGUGGCUCCUAGCCACAUAGGCUGUCUGGUACAUGGAUGUUUCAAUGCUUCCAUCGCAAAACCUGAUCACAUAUCAACUGAUGAAUGGAAGAACCUUGGCUUUCAAAUAGGCCAUAGAUUAGUUUUUAAAGUAUUACAUUUUGAUUCAGAUGCCGCUGGAGUGUUCUGUAUCCGAGGAAGGUUGUGUAGAAACAGCACUGGCGAAGAGACACCACAGGAAAAAGGCAAGAAAAAACAUGAGAAGCAUUGCGAUGUCCAAAAUGCCCCAGAGGAGAUGGAGAUUGAUGUAGGAACAACUGGGAUCGAAGCUGGAGAUGUGCAGAGCAAUGACAUUGAUUAUGGGAUAUAUGAAAUGCCGGAGAGGGAGAGUGAGCAAGACAGAGUUGAUUUGGGGACCCAUGCCAGUGACUCCAGCGGCUACCAUAGUGACCAUGGCAAAUCUAAGAAGAGGAAGAAACUAUCUGAGGAAGAAAACGGGUACCUGGAAUUGUCAAAACCUAAAGCUAAAAAGAAGAAAAAAGAAUGAGGGUGUCUGAAUAAUACCAAAAGUGCCUUGAUUGAACCUGGAGCUCUUUCAUCAGACAUAUUUGGACUAAUUAUGCUCCAUUUUAACAUCACCAGCUGGAUAGAGUUUUGUUGUAAAUGUUGUAUAUAUGCACAGGGAGAAGAUCUGUAGAAGCAAAUAAUAAACAAUCUGAGAAAAGAAA